AUGGACUUCUUUGGCGCUUUUUGCUGUUCGUGUUUUGAUGAUAUUUUAUCUAUCUAUCUAUCUAUCUAUCAAAUAAAUUUAUAUCGCUUUGUUUAUCUAUCUAUCUAUCUAUCUUCUCAGUCCUUUUCAUAUCUAUCUAUCUAUCUAUCUAUAUAUCUCAGUCCUUUUCAUAUUUAUCUAUCUAUCUCAGUCCUUUUCAUAUCUAUCUAUCUAUCUCAGUCCUUUUCAUAUCUAUCUAUCUAUCUAUAUAUCUCAAAAAAUUUUCAUAUUUAUCUAUCUAUAUUUAAGUCCUUUUCAUAUCUAUCUAUCUAUAUCUCUCUCUCUAUAUAUAUCUUCUAUCUAUCUAUCCCUCCCACUAUAUCAUUAUUUAUAUAUCUAUCUCACUGGCGCUUGCCGGUGAUAUCCGGGUCUAGACCCCCUCCCUCUUUCAUAUACCCUUUUUUUUUUCUUCUCAUAUUUUCUCACACUUUCUUCUCUUUCUCUCGUUCCUCCCUCUCCGUUCCUCCCUCUCCGUUCCUCCCUUAUUAUCUAAUGAAACGCCCUUUUAGUCCGGGUCGGGUUAUUCAAUCCGUACUUUUCCCUCCCUUGUUAUCUCAUAACCCCCUCCAGUCCAGAGGUGUGACUAUUCUCGUCCAGCGAAAUGCCUUAAACACCCAUGACGUCACAGUGUGUUUGCUUUCCUCCCCUUCAGUUAUUCAAUCCGUGCUUUUCCUCCUUGUUAUCUCAUGUAACCCCUCCAGUCCAGAGGCAACAAACUUCCACAUUGUUUUAUGCAUGUUCGUCUGUCUGUUGCAAUCUGUUUCUAUCUAUCUCGUUCUAUCUAUCUAUAGGGGACACCCAGGACUACGUGUGUCUAUUCGUUCAAUCUUUGCUUUUCCCAGUGAUAUCACGAUUUUCCCCUUUUCUUCUUUCCCUCGUCCAAUGAAAUGCCUUCAGUUGAUUCACAGUCCGUUUCUUUCCUCCCCCUUGUCAUCUCAUGUAACGCCCCCCACUUGA